UCACAGGCCACACACUGCGUUGUGACGUCCACAUCGAUCACAUUCACCAGAUUCGCGUUGUCACGACGACACGCCAGCUGUUCACGGACGACCCCCCCCUCCAGUUGUCCGUUGUGGCGCUGGACUCAGGAGGGAACACCUUCAGUAGUCUGGCAGGGCUGCAGUUUCAGUGGGUGUCAGUAAAGGAUGCCGACACAGCAGACAUAACGAGGUUUGUACGUUUCUCCGAGGCGGGAUACUCUCCUCCUCGUCACAUCCUGUCCCUGGAGGAAGCUGGCCGGAGGGGGGACCUGGUUCUGCUGGAGGGGGUCAGGAGUGGGGUGGCUCAGGUCCGAGUCUCGCUCGCCGAUCCUGAGUACAAGAGGGUGGAGCCAGUGAUGGUGAUCCUAUCAGUGACUGACAGGCUUUACCUAAGCCCCGCCCACGACACGUACCUGCUGCUUGGCUCCUCCCUCUCCUACCGUGUCUGGAAGACGGUGUACGACGCUCGCACAGAUGUGGUCCUGGGUGUCGGGGGGUACGAGUUGGUCGUUGUAAGAGACCCUGAUGAAGGGGAGGAUGAUGUGGUCACCAUCAACCAGGAAACAGCCACCGUCACUGCAGUUCAGCUUGGCCAUGCCACGCUGUCCCUGAAACACCCCAGUAUCCUAACCAACACUCAAGCCACUCCCAUUCAAAAGCCUGUUUUCUCUAACCUCUAA